AUGGGGGUGGCCCCUUCCCCGGCUCUUACAGCAGGCUGCCCUGACAGGUGUGUGUGUGACGACCAGCUGGUGGUCCAGUGUGCCGGGCAGGAGCUCACCCUCUUCCCCAUCGACCUCCCUCUAGCUACCCGCCAACUCAUCAUCUCCAACAACCGCAUCAGAGAACUUCCAGCAUUGCAACUGAACUACCUGUCUGAUCUAGUAUACCUGGACGUCAGCAACAACACCCUGAUGGAGAUCUCUGAGUCCACCUUCGGGAAUCUCCGGAAGCUGGCCUACCUUGACCUGUCCUUCAAUACACUGACCCAGAUCGAGGACCGGACGUUUGGACCGUUGUCUAGCCUUGUGAUGCUACGGCUAACAGACAACCCGGGGCUAAGUGAGAUCCACCCGGACGCAUUCUCAGAGAACGUGGCUCUGCAGGUGCUGGAUGUGAGCAGGAACAACCUGACGACGCUGAACAUCAGCUCUCUGAUUGCCCUGCCCUCUCUGCGCUCCAUGGGGCUCAGUGGAAACCCCUGGAGGUGUGACUGCGAGACGGAGGACCUCUGCCUCUGGGUCCAAAUAGAAGGAUUCAAGUUCCAAGACGAGGGCCAGACAGUGUGCCAGGAGCCUCCAGAGCUGUCUGGGCAACGGCUGGCUGAAGUGGGCAUGCAGCUGAGGGCAGACUGCCACCAGGGCCUGGGCUACUGGGACUACCUGUUCUUCAUCGCUAUCGGCUUUGUCAUCUUCAGUGCCGGCACCGUGUCGGCAUGGGUGAUGGGUGUCCUCAUGGUGCUGUACGAGAGAUACAACAAGAGGAAGGGGGAAGACAUGGACAGUGAUGAUGAGGAGGAGAGACAUAUGGGGGGAGGGAUGAUGGGGGGAAGUAAUCAGGGGAAUGGGGAUGUGAAUAAGCCUGGCAUGCAGGUGUGA